AUGUUGGUUUCAGAUCCCAACUGGUUCUACAAAAGAUCAUCGUGGGUCAACCUCGAUCAACUACACAACAAUGAGCUUGUUAGAGAAGUAAGAAUGGGCACCAAACUAUUUGUUCUUUUGAUAUUGACGGCAGUCCACGGCCAGCAGAUCCAAAAAUUGGACUUCAUCGAUCAUCUCUCAAGAUCGUUACAAGAACCAGAGCCCAGCCUUACUGAUUUGGGUCACAUAAUUGAGCUUAACUUCCCGUUUUCGAAGAGUUUCUGUGCUGGCCAAGCUCUCAAAGAGUUUCUUCCAGUAUGUCUUAAAAGUGGCAUCGAAAUGGUCGAUCCCAAGCUGAAAGUGCAAGCAGCCGUCAAACUUUCGUUUUGCGAGUUUGAAGAAUCUGGCCUUGAGGCCAGGCCUCUGAGCUGCUCUGAUUUGAGUUCUGAAGGGAUUAAAAAAUGUGUGGAUGAGUUGCGAAGCUCGCCACAAUGGUGGACAACUUAUAGCGGCCAUUAUCAACGAUUGCCUACGCUAUGCUACGAACAAUCGUUUCCAUAUGAAAAGGACCAAUUGCUCGCACUUUUCCUCAACAUUACGAGAGUUUACUCGAGCUUCAGCGAGACGGUAGAUGCCGAACUAACUAAGAACUUCGCGAACUUGGAAAGGAGCACUGCAAAGAUGAUGAACUCGUUGCAAGAAACCUUUGAAGAUCGACUGACUGAUCUGGAUCAACUCUACGCGGACAAGAUGAGAUCUUUCACGGAUGUAUUCGAUGAAGUUCAAAAAGAAGCUUUUACUGGUUUUAACGACAUCGUCUUGGCUGUACGUAACGACGUUCUGGAAACGGAUACAGACUUUUGGCUGGAGUUCAAGAGUCUCAAACAGCAUCUGGAGGAAAUUAACUUGGAAUUGAACAACCGUGAUUUCGCCGAUCAGAUUCGAGCCCUCAAGGAUGAAUGUCUUCAACAUGCUGAGUUAGCAAGCGAGCACGGCCUUUCACAUAUGCAAGCAAUGGACAAGGCUCUCGAAUACAUCAGCAUCAAAUCGUCAGAGAAAAUUUCAGAUUUGAACGAAAACAUUGCCGAUUCUUACGUGGAUGUAGUGACAGCUUUCCAUGAUUUCAGAAACUUGGUUCAAAACUCGGUGAUACCUGUCAUUCAGGAUGAAAUGCAUCCUCACCUUGAUGCUUUCACGCAAAAGCUACUUACUGAUCUUCAAGUAAUUGAUCAAAUGAUGGAGGGCAAAACAGAGGCCUGGAGUGACAAUUUGGACAGCACCUUCGAGAGAGUAAAUGAUGAGCUCAAUCACACCGCAGCUACAGUGCAACAAUUGGAGACUGACAUCAAAAUGGCGAGCUCGGAGCUUGGAUCUUUUAUAAGCACACUUCAUUUGGCCCAUAGUAUCGUGCUUAUGACUUUUAACCGCGUAUUUCGCUUGGCAAGUUUGAUUCCAAUUGCUGCCCGGCCUCUUCUCGUGGUUCCUCUACUAAGGUUAAUUCCAAUUAUUGGUAGCCUGACACCAAGAAUUGAAACAAUCUCAACAUACCUUCCUUCUUCUCUCCACGGCCCAUUGACAAUUUUCAGCGCUCUUGUAGCAGGCUCAUUGGUAGGAUUUUACGUCAUCGUGUAG